AUGCCUGGGACCUCUUCAACUCCUCGGGUCCUGUUCCACGGAAUCGGACGAUACUUUCUUCUUCUAAUCCCUACUUCUUUCAUAAUUUCAUUCACACCUCUUCCUUCAUUUAAUUCCCACUUCUCUCCUUUUUCAUCCAGUUAUGUCUCCCUUCAUCUAAUUUCCAUAUCUCCUCCUCCCACAGACGCGGGCGAGAAGCCGUCCCAGUCCUGCUCCACGGAAUCGGACGACGACAAGAACAAGAAGAAGCGGCAGCGGCGCCAAAGGACGCACUUCACGUCGCAGCAGCUGCAGGAGCUCGAGGCCACCUUCGCCAGGAACAGAUACCCCGACCUGAGCACCCGGGAGGAGAUUUCCCUGUGGCUCAACCUGAAGGAAGCACAAGUCAGGAUCUGGUUCAAGAACCGCCGCGCCAAGUGGAGGAAGCGCGAGCGCAGCGCCAUGGCCACGGCGAUGCCCGGCGACCUGAAGGGCGGCUGGGGCGCGCAGCUCAACGGCUUCGCGUGGCCCGACGACGGCCUCUACUCGGGCUACUCCUACAACAACUGGGCGCGCGUCACGCCGCCGCCCCUCAGCACCAAGAGCUUCGCGUGGGGCUUCAACAGCGUCAACAUGAGCCCCCUGAUGAGCCAGCAGCCGUCGGCCAUGUCGCCCAUCAACUGCUUCCAGUCGCCCACGCAGGGCAUGGGCGGCUCCACCUCGGCGGCGGCCGCGGCGGGCAUCAUGCAGACGUCGAUGGCGUCCAGCCUCGGCUCCACCAGCGCCGCCGCCCCGCCGUGCCCCUACCCGGCCCCCACGCCCCCCUACGUGUACCGCGACCAGACCUCCAACAUGUCCACCUCCCUCGCCUCGCUCCGCCUCAAGGCCAAGUCCCACUCCCCGGGGGGCUUCUCCUACCCCCCCGUGUCCCCCCGCCAGAACUCCCUCUCGGCCUGCCAGUACUCCAUGGGCGAUCGCUCCACGGUGUAAGCGGCGGCCGGCGGGGCGCGGCGGCGGAGCCUCGACCCGACUGGGCCCUCGUUUGUUCGCAGCCGACGAGCGAGUUUCUGCGGAUCAACACUGCAGGCGUACAGCGUAGUGGUGACUGAUGUGUAGCCGCGCCGCACGCUGAGCACGUUGGUCUCAGCGCUGACUGACCCGCCGGUCCCACUCUGAGGACUGCGUUUUUUUUUCCAAGGGGAAUGGAGGGGUAUUCUACGUGACCCAGAGUGACUGGCAUCGGGCCGGGCACCUGGGCACCAACGAGCGCACUCGUCCCACAAGUCCCUCUUACAUAAAGGUAAAAGGGAAUACGUAAGGUUCCAAUGCCCUUGCUGUUUUAAAAAAAGUUUUGAACACACGAGGGAAGAGAGAGGGAGAGAGGAAGCAGGUCGUUAUUUACCUUCUCUGGGAAAGUCGUGCAGGUUUCAUAUGACGACAAGAAGGCUUCAGCAGAUCAGAAUAUAUCUUCCCUCUUCCUUGCUGGCACGGGGAUUCCGCACGACCCGAUUCGCGCUCGAGGGUUGCGCUCAGAACGAGACCGAGCUUCGAACACGGCCUCCUCAUCCUGAUCGCUUUAGAGGCUGAAGAUACCUGACGAAGGAUUAUCUUGGCCAUUGGGUAUAAAGAAGAUUCUAAGCCACAGAAUAAGAAAGAUGAUUAUACAUCGCACACAGGACGUCCAUAUGACAUCUCCCCCUCCCCACCCACCCACCCACACCCACACCCACACCCACACCCCGAGUUCGAGGAGAAACACUGAAGCAUUCGAACAGGAAGACGAAGCUUCUCCCGAACGAACACGAGGGUUAUUUGUGACCGUUGUAAACUCCGCGAAUGGAAUUAUCCGGAAGUGUUGUCCGCGUGAGAGAGACAAGAAGACGAUUUUACGAUGAGGAAUAGGAGAAACUCUGAAUUAAGUGAAAUGGAAGAGAAAAUGCGACGUAAAAGUGUUGGUUUCAGUGUGUAUGUGAAGGAAAGAGAUAUCUUUUUCUUAUAUUGUGAGAAUUGGUUGUAGAGACGAUUGUGUUUAUACAGUAUAGAAAAUUGUGUACAUAAGAAAAGUGAGUGGAAGUGAGCGUAUGUAUACAAAGACAAAUACUUACAGUUACUCAUAUAGACAGCCUAUAGAAAGAAAUAAUGAAACCACAGUAGUCAAAAGAAAAAGAUACAUGUGCGAAUUCUCAGACUGCAAGUGCAAGACCCACGGGCAUUAUUUAUAAGUCUAUGUAAUCACGAAUCGAAAAUCACUCAAGUUGAACCACCAGACUCCAAAAUGUGACAUUGUGCUGUUUUUUUUGAGUUAAAGCAAACGGAUUCUGUCUCGUUCACAUCCACUUGGGUCACCGGACGAGAUCGCGUGGACUAAGUCGUUCACAUCCUUCACAAAGGACAUCGAACUUUGGAGGUGAAAGAAAAACAGAAAAAAAGG